CGCGAUGUCUAUUUCAUCCGGAGAUCCCACCCAGGAAACAAUUACACACAGACACAGCAGCCGGCUCCCCUCACCCCCCGAGCAUUCGCCACUGAGAGAGAGAGAGCGCGCGCAUGGCGUCCAACACCGCACCUGCACCCGCCGCCGACGACGAGCUGAUGCACGAGUUCGGCCCGCUCCUCCGAGUCUACAAGAGCGGCCGCAUCGAGCGCCCCCUCGUGCUCCCGCCCGUCGCACCAGGGCCCGACCCCUCCACCGGCGUCCAGUCCAAGGACGUCGACCUCGGUGCCUACUCCGCCCGCCUCUACCUGCCCCCAUCCGCCGCGGCCGCCACGGCGGCGAAGCUCCCCGUCAUCGUCUACGUCCACGGCGGCGGCUUCGUGGCCGAGUCGGCAAAGUCCCCCAACUACCACCGCUUCCUCAACGAUCUGUCCUCCGCCUGCCCGGCCCUCGGCGUCUCCCUCGACUACCGCCUCGCGCCGGAGCACCCGCUCCCGGCGGCCUACGACGACUGCCUCGACGCGCUCCGCUGGGUGCUCUCCGCGGCCGACCCCUGGGUCGCGGCGCACGGCGACCUCGACCGCGUCUUCGUGGCCGGCGACAGCGCCGGCGCCAACAUCUGCCACCACGUCGCCAUCCAGCCGGGCGCCGCGCGCCUCGGGGGCGCGGUGCUGAUCCACCCCUGGUUCUGGGGCUCCGAGACCGUGGGGGAGGAGACACGCGACCCCGCGGCGCGCGCCCGGGGCGCGGGGCUCUGGAUGUUCGCGUGCCCGGGCACCACCGGCAUGGACGACCCGCGGAUGAACCCCAUGGCGCCCGGCGCGCCGGGGCUGGGGGCGCUGGCGUGCGAGCGGGUGAUGGUGUGCACGGCGGAGGGCGACUUCCUCAGGUGGCGCGGCCGCGCGUACGCGGAGGCGCUGGCCGCCGCCGGCAAGGGAGUGGAAAUGCUGGAGACGGACGGGGAGGGCCACGUCUUCUACCUCUUCAAGCCCGACUGCGACAAGGCCAAGGAGAUGCUCGACAGGAUCGUGGCCUUCGUUAACGCGGCAGCUUGAUGCUCUCCUCACCGGAAUUGCAACUCGGUGAAUUUUAGCCAUGGCAAUCCUAGACGUGUUUGUGCUCCGUUCUUGGAUUGUGACGAUGAAAUAAAUUGGAUUUACUGGAGCAACUCCAAUCAUCCUCCUGCUUCCUCACCUACCUGGCUACAUCUCAAUUUUAGGGGUCUUUAGCUUUACCAAUUAUCACCUCUGAUCCUAAUGAGUUUUAAAUAUUUUAAUAUGAACUACUUACAGACUGAAA